AUGGCGAAUAACUGGGCUGACGAUACCGAAGAGUUACCACCGUUGGGAACUUUGAGUAAAGAUGAAUCGACAAAAACAACGAGCACUCCUGCAGCGAGUGCAGGAAAAACGUCUUCGUACGUUCCACCGCACUUGAGAAAUCGUCAAGGCGGAGGGAACACUGAAAGAGGAGGAGACCGACGAGAUUAUGGCGGUGGUGGCGGCAGACGAGAUUAUCGAGGUAGGUUCUUUUCAGAGAAAUAA